ACUAAGUCAGCCAGUCAGCCAACCAGCCAGCCAGCCAGUCAGUCAUUCAGUCAGUCAGCCGGUCGCUUAAUCAUAGGCCACGCAACCGAAUAUUGACCCGCUUCCAGGUGACCCGUCUCGGCUACCUUUUUUUCCUCGCGACAACGCGACGUGGAGGCUGCACUCGCGGGAUUCAGGCUCAAGCAAGAACGCGGGUGCGUGCUCAAAAACAAAUCCGCGGACCUAAUGGAACACAGAAGAAGGUGGUGUAACUUUCUUGCACACUGAAGGAUGAUGGUUUGGAUUGGCGUGGCAGCAGCGGUAACAACACAGUGGAAGUGCGGUACUAUGCGCGGUUCAGUCGUCCAUAGUAGCUAAUGAUUACGAUCAGUGAGUAUACGACGAAUCACGGCGACCGGGCGUCCACUUCUUCUACGCAGGGUGAACGGUAUCUAAGGCCUCCCGCAGGCUCCGCAGCGACGACGACAAUGACGAGACCAGCAAACAGCCGGACCAGCAGCGAGCGCCGGGUCAGCUGCUGAAAAGAGACGCAGACGGGCUCUUUAAGUUUUCAUGGAUUAAUCGCUCUGCUAAAUCUUUCCAGUUGUAUCAAUCAAAAUGUUUUUCCUUUCGAUUGCUUUAUUUACGCGCAGUGCUCGAUUCCGCCAACAGCAAGCAAAACUUAUUAAUGGUGCACCGUCUGUUACAUGUCUCGUCGAUUGGUCGGUCGGUCGACGGGUCGGUCAGCCGGUUGACUCACUGACGCUACAAACUGGAAGUGAAAUAUCGUUUUGUGUUUACCUGCUAGCUGUUGGUGCUGUAUGUGAGUUUGAUGACUGGAUCUACUGCAAGCCGCGUAAGAUUAUGUUUUAAAAAAUUGGUGCGAUGUUUACAAUUCUUUGUUUGUAUUUUUAAGAUGGAAUAAAUUUAUAAUUUUAUGAGAGAAUCGAUAAAAUUUUUAUUUGAAUUCAAAAACGAGUAAUUCAAAAUUGUCAUUUUCAAAAUUUAUUUGCACUCAUCAAUCAGAAUGAAAAGAAUGAUUGUGACCGAACGGACUUCUAAGUAACAAAUGGCAAUACAGACGAGCUGGGUACAGCUUUCAUAGUGAUGGGCGAGAUGCGGAAACGGGUGAUUGGGUGGUGGCCAUUCAAUCCUCGAAUGUGCAGGUUGAGAAUCAAGGGCCGAUUCUUCAACAUAAGCACCAUCAACGUGCACAGCCCUCACCUCAGAAGUACCGAUGACGACAAGGAUGAAUUCUACGCGCAGUUGGAGAGUGAAUACGACCGCUGCCCAAAACAUGAUACCAAGAUCGUCAUCGGGGAUUUCAAUGCUCAGGUCGGCCAGGAGGAGGAAUACAAACCGGUGAUUGGAAGGUUCAGUGCACACCAGCGAACCAAUGAAAUGGGCCUAAGACUUAUCGACUUUGCCGCCUCCAAGAAUAUGGCCGUACGUAGUACCUUUUUCCAGCACAGAAUCCACCAUAAGUACACCUGGAUGUCACCAAAUCAGAUAGAAUCACAGAUCGACCACGUUCUGUUCGACAGUCGGCACUUCUCAGACAUUAUCGACGUCAGAUCCUAUCGAAGCGCUAACGUUGACUCGGACCACUACCUAGUGAUGGUCAAGAUGCGCCCAAGACUCUCCGUUGUGAACAACAUUCGGUACCGACGCCAGCCUCGGUUAGAUCUCGCGCGGCUGAAGCAGCCAGACGUCGCCGCAAACUACGCGCGUUCACUAGAAGCUGCGCUGCCGGAAGAGCUGGACGAAGCCCCUCUCGAGGACUGUUGGAACUAGGGCUGUCUAACCGGUAGUACCGGUAGUACCGAAAUCGGCACAGUUAAGUGACAAGAUUUUUCUGGAUGAAUGCGGGACGGCGAAGGCAAUUUACGCCGCAUCAAAAGCUUGACUUCGAUAUCAUAGCCAGGAACCUUGCGACGGCGGAGGCAAUCUACGCUAGACUAAAAGCGGAGUCUAGCAGAAUUGGGCUAAGAAUAAAUGCGUCGAAGACCAAAUACAUGAAAGGAAGAGCCUCAAUGAAGACCAACGCACGCCUUCCACGGACGAUAACCGUUGACGGCGGCGAACUAGAAGUGGUAGUUGGGAUCAUUCGUGACCGCGGACAACAAUAAUAGUAUAGAGAUCCGGCGGAGCAUUCAAGUGGAAAAUGCGACUUACUUUGCCGUUCGCAAAGCGCCACGUUCAAAAUGCAUAAGUCAUUGUGC